CACACCUCUGUUGUGCUCAAAAGCUUUCAGGGGAGUGUCAUACCUGCACUCAAAAGACCGGCCACCCUUUCCUUUAAUAACGCGCACAUCCAUACAUACUUUUUAAUAAGCGUCGGGGAGCUCGUCGGCCGGGGAGGGGCGAGUUACACACGCGGGACAAAGAAUGACAAAUAUCCGGCGGUAUUUCGUCAAGCACCUGAUCACCUUCUCGCUCCAGCAAGGAGACGUAGAGACCGUGGAAGAGGCCCAGUCAGCUCUGGUCCACCUGGCUCGGAACAACAAGCUGUGGGGCCAGCAGAUGCUGCUGGACGUCGGACAGGAUGCCGUUUACCUCAGAGACAUCCAGACCAAGGAGGAGCUGGACAAGUACUCGUUCGGGUCCAUCUUCCGCUGCGAGUCCGUUCGCUCCGAGGAGCUCUUCCCGUCCCUCCUCCUCCUCGUGUGCCAAAGCGCCAGCGAGAAGAAACCCGACAUUCUCUUCUUCAACUGCGACAACGCAAAGGCAGAAGAAAUGUGCGCCAACAUCACGCAGGCUGUUUCCAAGUCCAGCAGCCGUAAGAACGCUCCCGAGCCGAUCAGGCUUCCCCGGGACGCCGCAGACAUGAUCGACCCUUACGGCAUCCCGAGCCCCCCCGUCGCGCACGCCCCCAACGCCCCGCCCGUCAACCCCCCGCCUUACCCGGGACCUCGCGGUAAGAAAGUCAUUUUAUUCAUGUCUUUUUUUUUUUUUUUUUGGCGACUGAGCUCUCUCUCACCCUCCCUCGCCACAGCUAACGGCGGCCCCGACACUUCGCUACUCCGAGCCGAGAGAGAAGUGAGCAUCCUCAACCACUGCUUCGACGACAUCGAGAGCUUCAUGUCCAAACUGCAGCAGACGGCCGAGGCCGCCAUCGUGCUCAACCAGAGGAAGAAGAAGAAGAAAAGCAAAAAGCAGAGCGCCGAAGAGGAUCUCCUGACUGUGAGGGCCAGGCCGCCACCCGAAGAGGAAUUUGUCGACAUUUUCCAGAAAUUCAAAUAUUGCUUCAGUCUGCUGGCCCGUUUGAAAUCAACCAUCGCCAGUCCCUCCUCGGACGAGCUCGUCCAUCACGUAUUCAAACCUCUGGAUAUGAUGGUGAAGACCACGGGGGGGCCGGCCCUGGCGGCCUCGGUGGCCAGCCCCGCCCUGACCGACGCUGCCGUGUCCCUGCUGCAGGAGAACCUGAGCGUGGACGAGAGGCAGCUGUGGACGUCGCUGGGGCCCAACUGGACGCACGCUCGCGCCGAGCUCCGGGGGCCGAUCGCCCCGUACACGCCCGUCUUCCUCGACGGCUGGAAACCGGACGGCUUCCGGGCCGACGGGCAAGUUUGGGAGGAUCCCGUCGAGUCGCAGCACAAGCACGAAGCCCUCCGGCUCAAGCAAGAGCAGCAGCAACAGGAGCAGUUCCUCAACAGCCACAUCGCUGAUGAAACAGACACGGGAGGACCCCCAGAAAAAGUCUACAGCUGCAGUUACGACUUCAUUGCCAGGAACAACACGGAGCUUUCCGUGCAACAAGGGGAGACGCUUGAGGUGCUGGAGGCCUCCAAGCGCUGGUGGAAGUGUCGCAAUCGGUUCAACCAGGUGGGCUUCGUCCCCUUCAACAUCCUGGAGCCCGUCGCUCACGUGGAGAGUCCCGUCGCCGCCCGGCCCCCCCCUAUUCCGGCCCCGCCCCCCCUCGCCAAGACUUUCACCCCGGCCGCGCCCAGCGUGCCCCCCGUGCGCCAGAACCCCCCGGCCCAACGCGCCCCGCACGGCGCGCCCGCCUACAACCAGCAGGCGCACGCGACGGAGGACAACGAUCGAGUCAUGUUGGUCAACGACGAGCUGCUCCAAAGGCUGACGAACGGGAAAGCCAACAACAGCAAGCCUCUGGUCAUCCCGCGAUCCGCGGAAACCUCUCUGCCGCUCGACUACCAGUCCAGGCCCGAGGAGGUGGCGAGGUGGCUGGCGGGGAAGGGCUUCAGCGAACCGACGGUGACGUGUUUGGGGGUCCUGACGGGGGCUCAGCUCUUCUCCCUGAGCAAGGACGAGCUGCGUGAAGUCAUCCCGGAGGAAGGCGCUCGGGUGUACAGCCAGAUGGCGGUGCAGCGAGCCCUGUUGGAGGACGCUCGGAGGGCCACGGAGCUGGAGGCAGUCAUGGAGAGACAGAAAAUGAAGGUGGAUCUGAAACUGGAGAGCAGCACGUUGUGAGCGGAUGGGACGAUAUAGCCGGAUUAUUCAUAAAGAUAAAAGAUGCAGUACCUACCUGAAAAUAUUUCGCAGCCACGACGUAAGCUUCCUUGCGACGAUCAGCUCCAGCGACCACUUAGGGUUCA